AUGCAGCGCGCAGGAGGCCUCGGGGGGGCCCCCCAGGGGCCCCGCAGGCGGGUCGAAAGGCCCGGACUGACUGCAGAUGAAAUAGAAGAAGUCCGCGAGGCUUUUUCUCUCUUCGACACUGACGGCAGCGGAACUGUAGACCCUAAAGAACUCAAAGCCGCCAUGCAAACCCUAGGGUUUGAGUCCAAAAACCCUUCGGUGUUUCAGAUGAUAGCGGAGCUCGACAGAGACGGGGGGGGCCCCGUCGACUUCGAGGAGUUCCUCGACGCCAUCACCGCCAAACUCGGCGACAAGGAGAGUCGCGAGGGGAUUCAGAAGAUCUUCAACUUGUUCGACGACGACAAGACGGGGUCCAUAACUCUCAAGAACUUGAAAAGAGUGGCGAGAGAACUUGGCGAGGGUUUGAGUGAAGAGGAGUUGCGGGAAAUGCUGGAAAGAGCGGACUCCAACGGAGACGGAGAGAUUUCCUUCGAGGACUUCUACGCCAUCAUGACCAAAAAGGCCUUCCCCUAA